AUGACGACCAGACGCAGUUCUGCCAGGCUUGCACGCGGUGCGUCGGCCACUCAAGCUCGAGACGACGAUGAGACGACCACAGCAUCAAUUCCAGGUCCGACUCCAAGAUCUACUCGUCGUACUACAAGAACGUCAUCCAUAAUAGUCGAGGUUGCUAUUCCAGCCAAAGCGAAAGAUUCCCUAUCAACUGCCUCGUCACUUUCGCCGCCAUCGGUCGAUUCGACCUCACGCGAGGACAGCAUUCUUGAUACCCCCGCUACAAGCGUUCCCGUCUCCCCGCCAGAAUCUGAUAACAAUACUAGUAGAAAGACCAGAAAAAGGGUCAGUGCCUCGAGAAGAGCCCUGCAGCUCCGUGCCAGUGCCCUUGCUCUGCCUUCGUCUGCGUCUACAAGCUCCACCCGAGGAAAGAGAACUGUCUCUCAAAUGCUCGCUACUGAGUCAUCUGAUGCGGCAUUGGCUCGUGAAUUGCAACUUGAAGAAUAUGGAGGAAGUAAAAUCAAACGUCAACGGAAUACUCUCGAUACAGCAGACUUCACGCCCAUGGUUCAAGACUCAGAGGAUGAACUAUUGCCUGACUGGGAUGAGCAAAUGUCUCCUCAAUCCAGCCGCCGGCGAUCCUUACGCUCUCGACCUAAAUCUCAGACAAAGAAUGCCGGUGAUAUGCGUAUGCUAGAUGAUGGGCAUGGUACGGACGAUGCAGACGACUAUGCAUAUUCUCCAUCUGACGAUGAUGCAAGCGAGGCGGACGAAGCGUCUCCUGAAGUAGAGGAGGAAGUUCCAGUUGUUACGCCCCCCGCGACUCGACGAGCUCGAAAUCCUAACAAUUCACUUCGCAGCCGGGUCCGAGCUCGAGCUCUAAGAGAGACAGAGACAGCGCUUCCUUAUCACAUGGGCCGCCGGGCAGCGAGAGAGCGUAGAAAGCUGGAGAAGCAACAUCCGUUGAUAACCACCAUGUGGAAAGAUCUGGAAAACAUGCCAGCAAUCGUUCCUCAGCAGGCAGAACAGCCAGCGGGCAUUAGCCGCAAACUCAAGUCUUUUCAACUGGAAGGCCUCAACUGGAUGAUGCAACAGGAAAAGACCCAAUACAAAGGAGGAUUGCUAGGCGACGAGAUGGGCAUGGGGAAGACAAUCCAAGCGGUGUCCUUGCUCAUGUCUGACUACCCUGUGGGCAAGCCAUCUCUAGUUGUAGUGCCUCCUGUUGCUUUGAUGCAAUGGCAGUCAGAAAUCAACGAAUACACUGAUGGCAAACUGAAGGUGCUCGUUUAUCACAACUCAAACCAUAAAGUGAAGCAUUUGAAAAGAAAGGACCUCCUUGCUUACGACGUUAUCAUGAUUUCAUAUUCUGGCCUGGAGUCAAUGUACCGCAAAGAAAUGAAAGGCUGGAAUCGAGAGGAUGGCAUUGUAAAAGAAGACAGUGUGAUACAUUCAAUUGAUUUCCAUCGUCUGGUUCUCGACGAAGCACACAGCAUAAAACAACGUACAACCAGUGUUGCUCGUGCAUGCUUCGCAUUAAAAUCCACGUAUAAAUGGUGCCUGUCAGGAACUCCAGUUCAGAAUCGCAUUGGCGAGUUCUUCUCUCUACUUCGUUUCCUUGAAGUUCGCCCAUUUGCAUGCUAUUUCUGCAAAGUGUGCAAAUGUCAGGAGCUACACUGGUCUCAAGACGCCGAAAAGAGAUGCACACAUUGCCAUCACAGUGGAUUCAGUCAUGUGUCGGUCUUCAACCAGGAAAUCCUCAAUCCAAUCACGGAAAGCCAUGGACAGGCUCGCCAGGAUGCCCUACGCAAGCUCCGUCUUAUCACGGACCGAAUCAUGCUUCGACGUCUGAAAAGAGAUCAUACAUCGUCAAUGGAACUUCCACCUAAGCGUGUCAUUAUACACAAUGAGUUCUUCGGCGAGAUUGAACGCGACUUCUCUACCAGUAUCAUGACCAAUACUACUCGACAGUUCGACACUUACGUUAGCCGUGGUGUCAUGCUUAACAACUAUGCCAACAUUUUCGGAUUGAUCAUGCAAAUGCGGCAGGUAGCAAACCACCCAGACCUGAUUCUUAAGAAGCACGGUGAAGGCGGGCAGAAUGUGCUAGUUUGCAACAUUUGUGACGAACCUGCUGAAAGCCCAAUUCGGUCUCGAUGUCAUCAUGAAUUCUGUCGUCAGUGUGCUAAAGACUAUAUGCGUUCCUUUGAUGCGGAUUCGGUUGUUGACUGCCCUCGGUGCCAUAUCCCUUUGUCAAUUGAUUUCGAGCAGCCUGAGAUUGAGCAAGAAGAGGACGUGGUUAAGAAAAACUCGAUCAUCAACCGGAUCCGAAUGGAGGACUGGACGUCAUCUACGAAGAUUGAGAUGCUCGUAUACGAUCUAUACAAGCUACGAAGCAAGAAGCAGACGCACAAGUCGAUUGUCUUCUCGCAGUUCACUUCGAUGCUGCAAUUAGUCGAAUGGCGUCUGCGCCGAGCCGGCUUCAAUACGGUCAUGUUAGACGGCAGUAUGACUCCAGCGCAACGUCAGAAUUCUAUCGACCAUUUUAUGAAGAACGUCGAUGUCGAAGUCUUCUUAGUCUCUCUCAAGGCUGGUGGAGUGGCUUUGAAUCUUACAGAGGCAUCUCGGGUCUUCAUUGUCGAUCCAUGGUGGAAUCCUGCAGCUGAAUGGCAAAGUGCUGACAGAUGCCAUCGAAUCGGGCAACGCCGGCCCUGUGUCAUAACACGACUCUGCAUUGAGGACUCGGUGGAAUCACGUAUGGUUGCUCUUCAGGAGAAGAAGGCCAACAUGAUCAACGGCACUAUCAACAAAGACCAGGGAGAUGCGCUAGAGAAACUGACUCCGGAAGACAUGCAGUUCCUGUUCCGAGGCUCGUAA